AUGGGGGAGAAGAACGAGGAGAAGAUGACAGGUGCUGGGGCUGCCCCAGCAUGGCAGCCUGAUGAGGUGCAGCAGGUCCAGCCUCUGCAGGCGGACCUAGACUGGGAGCCGCCAGAAGAAGAGCAGGAGCAGGCAAACACCCGUGCCCUCUCCCACAGCAGAGCACAGGUGUAUUGGGAGUCCCUGAAGCCCGGUGAGCGUGAACACAGCACCCUCACGGCUAUUAAGGGCAUGGAAGCCUCUGGCUUCUGUGAUGCGGAGGCUUGUGCUGCCAUGCUCGAUGCGCUUGUGCAAAGGGAUGCCUCCACCUUGGAGCGUGUGCCGAGCAUCGUGAGGUGCAUCUACCGGUUGCUCAAGUCCAACACGGAUGUGUCUGCCGAGCACAGGCUGGACAACCCCCUUCUGGAGCUGACCCACAUGCACGCCCAUGAUGUGGUGGUGACCCUCCUGCACUGUGCCCCAGAGUGUGACAGAGCUGCUGCGACCAUGUGGAGGGCCAUGGUCUCUAUGAACCGGACUGCAGAGAAGGUGCUGCUGGAGCUGCUCUGUGUGCUGGAGGAGUGGCCACUGCACACCACGUCCACCUCCGAUGGUGAAAUAAUGGACAUCUUUGCCCUGGCUGCAACCAAGGCGCUAUGGGAGAUCCUCCAGCUGCCCAGUCACACAGGGGCAUUGAUGGAGUAUUUCCCCUAUCUCUUCCUGGCACUGCUCUUCCAAAUUUUUUUCAGAACAGAGCAGAUGCCAGAGGAGGUCAACACCUUCUGGAGGCAAUGCCAGGAGGAAGGCUGCCUUCCCACCAACCCCAACAGAUUUGCAGUGCUGACCAUGAAAGCACUGUUCUGCCGCCUUGGUUAUGAAAACGUGAUGUUUGAAGUUGAGCGUAAGCGUGGCUGGGACAUACUGCUCAACGCUGAGACCCAGCACUGCGCAAUGGGUCUGCUGGCCAGAGAGAUGCGCCAUAUGUCAAGGAACGUGUGUAACGAGAUCACACAGUACUUCCUCGAGCUGCUGAGUGGGAAGGAGACAUGCUGGGAGCUCCCUGCCAUGGCGUUCCUUGUCGAGCUCGUGGCCUGCCCUGGCAUAAAGGCUGAUCGCAUCCUGCAGCUCAUCCCAAGGUACCUGCAGAGUGAGUGCAGAGCGAUGCGUCGCAUGGUGCUCAGAGCCCUCAUCAUUAUCUGCAAGACACCCUUGAUGGCCAAAAGAAUGGAGUUCUUGCUGCCAAGGUUUAUAGAGCUACUGCAGGAUGCAGAUGGGGAGGUGGUCAGGAUGACCCUGUCUGUGCUCAGAAUGAUGCUCCUGGCCAUAGACAUCCCGAUUGCCAGCCCCAUCGCUCUGCAGCUGGCUGAGGCGCUCCAGCCACUCUUUGACAAGGAGUCCAGCUAUGUGCAACUGCUCUCCAUUCGCCUCUUCCGAAAUGUGAUGGAGUUUGUAUCGGAAGUGGGAAAAAAGCCACUGGAGCCACAUGUGCAGCAGAGCUUGCUCCCACUGCUCUACCACUUGCACGAUGAGAACCAGCGCGUGGCAAAGGCCUGUCAGGAAACCAUGCUUCAAGCUGCCACAUUCCUGAAGAUGAGGAAGCUCACAUGGCUGCUGAAGAAGCAGCGGACAUGGGCGGUCGGUGAGUGCCUGUUGACGGAGCCCAGCAGCAGAGCAGAUGAGUACCUGCUGCAGUCCCUGCUGUAUUUGCAGAGCCCACAGGAGUCCAUACGAGAGGCAGCCGUCAGGUUUAUUGCUCAGCCCCAGCCGCAGCUGCUGCGCCGGCAGCAGGAAUCGGCCCUGUGGCUGUGGAACACCGACUACACGAUGUGGAGCCCGCGGGUCUUCCUGCCACCCUCUCCCUCCCCUGCCCUUGGAACGCCCCGCGCUCAGCCCUGCCAAGGGCAGGAAAGCGUGCAGCGGGGCUGUCGUGGGGAAGCUGCGCUGCUGGGGUAG